UGAGGUAAUGACUGCCUUAUCCCCAACUGACAAUCCAAGAUUAGCCACUAAAUUUCUAAAGGGAUAUAAAAAAUUAAGACAAUGUUUAUAAAUAUUACCUCUGCCAUGAGGACUCAUAGUAGAUAAGAGGUUUGGAGAGGGGGAAUGCUUUUCUGCUCCCAGUAUAUUUUAUAGAUUUACAAGAGGUUUUUAUGAAGGUUCUUUUUUUUUUUAAUGAGAUAUAGUAAAGGGAUCUAUUUGACAUAUGUCCUCAGACAUAUUGGCAGUUUUCCUUAAACUAUGGAGUUCCUCAUCUGUUAUUUUUUCAUUCUGUAUACUGUACGUUCCCAGGCAACUCUCAAAUUUGUAAACACAGCUAUAGACACACUAUUUGCUUUAACAGUAGUUACCUGGAAAUCGAGGUCUCUGUUUUUGUUACAUUCCACUCCCCUACAUUUCUUAAUCAUAUGUAAUGUUUGUGGUCACAGGUUGAUUUUCAAGUUCCUAAGUCUGUGCCUGAUGGUGUGUAGCCUCUAGUGUGAAGCAAGAGGAAAAUGAGUAGUCAGGAACUGGUCACUUUGAACGUGGGAGGGAAGAUAUUCACCACAAGGUCUUCAACCUUAAAGCAGUUUCCUGCCUCUCGGUUGACACGUAUGUUAGAUGGCAGAGACCAAGAAUUCAAGAUGGUUGGUGGCCAGAUUUUUGUGGACAGAGAUGGUGUUUUAUUUAGUUUCGUCUUAGAUUUUUUGAGAACUCACCAGCUUUUAUUACCCACUGACUUUUCAGACUAUCUCAGGCUUCAGAGGGAGGCUGUAUUCUAUGAACUUGAUCCUCUGGUGGAUCUCUUAAACCAAGAACACCUGCUACAGCCAAGACCUGCUCUUGUGGAGGUACAUUUCCUAAGCCGAAACACUCAAGCUUUUUUUAGGGUGUUUGGCUCUUGCAGCAAAACAAUCGAGAUGUUAACUGGGAGAAUUACAGUGUUUAUAGAGCAACCUUCAGCACCGACCUGGAGUAGUAACUCCUUCCCUCCUCAGAUGACCUUACUUCCACUGCCUCCACAAAGACCUUCUUACCAUGACCUGGUUUUCCAGUGCGGCUCUGACAGCACGACUGAUAACCAAACUGGAGUCAGGUAUGUUUCUAUAAAACCUGAUAACCGAAAACUGGCCAACGGAACUAAUGUCCUCGGCUUACUGAUUGACACUUUAUUAAUGGAAGGCUUCCAUCUGGUCAGCACCAGAACAGUAUCCUCUGAAGACAAAACUGAAUGCUAUAGCUUUGAAAGGAUAAAAAAGCCUGAAGCUCUUGCCAUGAACAAAACACUGAAACCAGAGACUACCCUCAUGCCAGAGCAAUCUCAGAAAAAGAAAUGAGGUUCUCUGUUCUCUUUUAGAGUAAAAAGAAAUUGCCAUUUUCUGGUUUGGAAAUUCCAUAUUUAGGGCAUAUAUGUUAGUCAGAUAUGUACUCACCCUAACUUUCUGGCCUUCUACCAUGCCAUCUUUGGGCAACCACAGCUUAACAGUGCUUAAGACACACUAACUAUGUGCUGCUCUCUAAACAACACCGUGCACUUGGUGCUUUGGUGCACAUUCCUUCUACCUUCAAUGCCUCUUUCCCUUUCUCUUCUUCAUGAACACUUACAAAGCGUUCAAGAAUGGACUAUGGAAUCAGACUGCUUGAUUUCUAAUCCCAACUAAGUCACUUACUAGCUAUGUGGCUAGGGCAAGUCAUUUAACCUCUCUCUGCCUCAACUUUUUCAUCUA